GCGUAGAAGGCGGAGCCUCUGUUUCUGGAUUCUUCGUCCACAGCUACACGUGACACGCUGGAGUCGCAGGCGGAGUGCUGGCUGAGUGAGCACGGACUAUGGAGCUGAAGAUGCGGUUAUGUGUGGCGCUGCUCUCUCUGAGUCUGUGUCUGGGCCUCAUGGGUCAUGUGAGGGCACAGGAGGAGGCCGAUGACAUGGAGAUGGAUGUGGAAGAUGCCAUCGAUGACAUGCAAGAGGAAGAUGUUGAGGAAGAGGAACAGCAAGCCCCCACUUCCCCGCCAGUGCCCACGGUGACAUAUAAAGCUCCAGAGCCGAUGGGAGAGCACUACUUUGCCGAGUCAUUUGAUAAAGAAACACUUCAUGGAUGGGUUUUAUCCCAGGCCAAGAAAGAUGGCAUCGAUGAGGAAAUUGCAAAGUAUGAUGGUAAAUGGGAGGUUGAGGAGAUGAAGGACACUAAACUCCCGGGUGAUAAAGGGCUGGUGUUGAAAUCUAAAGCUAAGCAUCACGCCAUCUCUGCUCUCCUACUGCGACCUUUCACCUUUGACACCAAACCUCUCAUUGUCCAGUAUGAGGUGAACUUCCAGACUGGCAUUGACUGUGGCGGUGCUUAUGUUAAACUGCUGUCUCAAACCCCUGAUCUUGACUUGGAGGAGUUUGUGGAUAAGACGCCGUACACCAUCAUGUAUGGGCCUGAUAAGUGUGGUGAGGAUUACAAACUGCACUUCAUCUUUAGACACAAGAACCCAAAAACCGGCGAGUUUGAGGAGAAGCAUGCUAAGAAGACUGACGCUGACCUCCGCUCAUACUACACCGACAAGAAGACUCACCUCUACACACUGGUGCUGAACCCGGAUAACAGUUUUGAGAUCCUGAUCGACCAGACAGUGGUGAACAGCGGCAGUCUCUUGAAUGAUAUGACUCCCCCCAUCAACCCCCCGGCCGAGAUCGAGGACCCCGAUGACCACAAACCAGAGGACUGGGAUGAGAGACCCAAGAUCCAGGAUCCAGAUGCUGUCAAACCUGAGGACUGGGACGAAGACGCUCCCGCUAAGGUUCCUGAUGAAGAUGCUGUGAAACCCGACGGCUGGUUGGACGAUGAGCCAGAGUACAUCAGUGACCCCGAUGCCCUCAAGCCAGAAGACUGGGAUGAGGAUAUGGAUGGCGAGUGGGAAGCACCUCAGAUCCCCAAUCCCGUCUGUGAAACGGCCCCCGGCUGCGGCCCAUGGGAGAGACCAAUGAUCGACAACCCCAACUACAAGGGCAAGUGGAAGUCACCAAUGAUUGACAACCCUAAUUAUCAGGGAGUGUGGAAGCCCAGGAAGAUCCCUAACCCAGACUUCUUUGAGGACCUGCACCCGUUCCGUAUGACUCCAAUCAGCGCCGUCGGUCUGGAGCUCUGGUCCAUGUCCUCUGAUAUCUUCUUUGACAACUUCUUCAUCACCUCUGAUCGUAAUGUGGCCGAGCGAUGGGCGGCUGAUGGCUGGGGUCUGAAGAAAGCAGCUGAGGGAGCCGCAGAGCCCAGUCUGGUGAAUCAGAUGAUAACAGCUGCUGAAGAGAGACCCUGGCUCUGGAUCGUCUACGUCUUGACUGUGGCUCUGCCUCUGGUGCUCAUCAUUGUCUUCUGCUGCACCGGAAAGAAGAGCUCAGCGUCCACAUCUGCUGCUGAGUACAAGAAGACAGACGCGCCACAGCCAGAUGUGAAGGAGGAAGCCGAGGAAGAGGAAGCCGAGGAAGAGGAAGCCAAGGAAGAGGAAGAGGAAGAGGAAGCCAAGGAAGAGGAAUCAGAAGCAAAGAAGAGUGAAGAAGAGGACUCCACAGGAGAAGCAGAGGAGGCCGCAGAGAACGACAACAAAGACGACAGUACAUCCAAUGAGAAAUCAGAGGACGACAUUCUGAGAAGGUCUCCCAGAAACAGGAAACCGAGAAAGGACUAAUGGACUUCCUGAAUCUAUAUAUCCCAACAUCCCUCUCCUCCCGCUCGCAGUCCUGCUCCAUCUUUCCUCCCCUCACUCCCACGUCCCCUACUUCCCCGUUCUUCUCCAUCCCUGCCGCCGUGAUGACGGUCAGAGCGAAACAGUGCGGUCUGCCACUCGACCAGCAGCCAAACGAGCGCCUCCUCAAGCGGCCUUGAGGAUGUCGAUGGUUACUACAGUGAUGAUGACGCUCAAAUAGCAUAGAAACUUACUCCGUAACUAAAAAUGAAACACUCUCUUUGUUACCAUUCCUGAACUGUGCAUCCGACGAUCGUGUAAAGAUCCCGUUCCUACUUUCAGCUGUCACACACACACACACUUCCAGACAGUGUUCCUGAAGCCUAACACAUGACCACACUAUGGCACACUUGGUAUUGUAAGGUUUACAGGCCAACAGCUUUAUUCCUUUGUUCUAGAAUUACUCAAGAAGCCAUAGGCGAUUGAUUGGAUAUAUUCAUUAUAAACUAUAAAACCGGCCAACUGGAUAUACACUAGGUUUUAACGUAUAAAUGAGAUGUUUUCAUUAUUUUCUAUUCCAUGAGGUUCAUCAUUUUGUCGUGGCAUCCAGUAAAAGGCCAGACCGUGACCUUAACGCAGCCAGACGUGGUGCACGCGCUCAGUAAGGUGUCCAGGGAGAAUGCCAGGUAGAUUCAUAGGUUCUAGUGUACUGCCUUACUUGUAGGACUCAAGCUUCGCUAAUAUUUUUUUCUGUGAAUGUACUGUGAGUUUUGUCUAAUAUGUUUUGAUUUUGCUAUUCAAAUGGACUUUUUACUAAAUCAUGGAUUGUUGUACAAAUGUGUUUUCUGCUCUUGAACUGAUGUAGAUUCUAACCUGUUCAGCCCAAUAACGGGACGAUUGACGGUUUUUACUUUCUUGCCCUCAUUGUGUUUUUUGUAUGAUGGUAACUGUGGAACCUUUUUAUCUUUUCUCACUGUGAUGUCAUAUCCUGUCCAGCCAAUAUUAGCAGCAGUAGCAGCUUCCAUUUCAUUGAACCAAUUAUGUUCACACCACGAAAGAACGAGGACUAAGUGACUGUUUAAUGCAAGAUAUUUCCAAUUUCGUAUGUUUGAGGGUGAAUCUCAUGUCGCAUUUCAGCCUGAUGGAAAAGGAAAACAAAAUAAGAAAUUGUGCAAAACAGUACAAAAAAUACCUUUAUGUAUAAAUACUUCAGAAAUUAAAAAUUUCCCAUGUUACGCUAACAAGAAUGUGCAUAAAUAGGCUUCAUUUUUAUGUAAAAUGUAUUUUGUUUUGCAUUUCUGGAGAAAGGUGAAAUGUGACAUGGACUUCACCAUUGAAAACUGUUUUCUAGAAAGUGUCACUCAAAGAGAAAACAUGAAGAAAAAAAACAAAGUUAUAAAGUUAUUUCCUCAUCAGUUUCACACUGACUCCGCCCCUAAAUAUUUGACCCCAAAGAUAUGAAAAAGGCACUAUUAGGGGCUUACCCUGAUCUAAAGUAAACUAGUGUAUUUUCACUAGUAUUCUUGAAGUUACUUGUUUAUACUCUCAGAUUACACUCUCAUCACUAUUCCAUCGAAGCAGUCUGGCGAGAUGCCAUAACGUGAGCUCUACCCCAAGACUAACGAAGAGUUGGCACUUUCAAAGGUAACUGAGAAAAACGAAAUUCCACAUAUAGGCCGAAAUCUGCUGCUCUGCUCUUAAUAUCUCAUUUUGCUUUCUCUGAUGGGCAUCAUCUCCAACUGUAAAUGGCCUGUCUGUACACCUGUGUUUUGGGCUUUUUGUCUUUUCUUUGUCUUUUGGAUUACCAUCAUUUCACAAAUGUAGGUAAUUAAUAGUGUGGAUGGAUGGAAGCGUUGGAUUGAGUGAUUUACUGGCAUCAUAGAAGUUGUGAAACAGAUCAUGAGUCUGGGUGAUGAUUCUGGUCUUGCUGGGACGGUUUGGGGAAAAUCCAUCAUGUUACUCACAAACUAAAAUAAAAUAAUGAUUUGAACGA